AUGACUCUCGACUUCCCACCUAUCUAUCUAUUACCUACUCAUAUCGAACCCAACAAGUUGCCAGAACUAGAGAGUAAAAUACCUACUUUAACCCAUAACAUCGAUGAGUCUAAUAUUAUCCUGGGCAAGAUAUCUAAUAAGGAAAGGGCAAAAUUCGAACUAAGGCGCAGAGACAUUCUAACUGAAGAUAUCAAAUUAUCUUCGAUUCCUCCCCUUACUCCGGAGACGCAGAAAGAUGACCCAUCUCCGCCACCGAAGCGAAGAAAGCUCUCGGGCUCGGUAUCUUCUAAGCACACGCAUGACUAUAGGCAGAUAACUGGAUCUGAAGAAGAGAGUCUUGAUGAUAGUGCAAGUACUUUUGGUAGAACUAGUUGGGAAGACCAAGGGUUCGGAAAGACUACAGACGAAGAUGACAACUCUAUCGUCAGAGUUGUGAAAUUUUCUUGGUUUAUGGACUGUUUAGCUCAAGACUCUAUUCUUCCAAUAGAUAAGUAUUUGAUAUAUGAAGGACGCAGGAUACAAAAGACAUCUAAGAAACCUCCUCCAAACUCUGAUGAUAUCCUCAGACGUGCUCGACAAGAAGGCGGAGACGACAGCUUUUUAUCAAAAGGAGGCUCUUCGCAUAUCUAUGCAUCUACCUCACAGCAUUUCAGAACAUCUGCUAAUGUAAAGCGCCCUGAGUUGGUCCACGAGUCAACGUCAGAGCAUGAGCGUCGCUCACACAUGCCCCCGAUUCCGGAUUACUUACACACAACAUACUCUUGUCAGCGUCCCACUCCUGCAAGCCCCCCUAACGACUCUUUUAUAGAUGAGUUAGAAAAGAUUCGGACGUUCAGAACCCUCGAGGGUGACAAGGUAGGCAUCAGAGCCUACUCUACAAGUAUCGCCUCCUUGUCCGCUUACCCCUAUCUCAUUUCACACUCAGCUGAAGUAGCCAGACUCCCUGGCUGUAGUGAUAAAAUUGCUGCGCUAUAUCAGCAAUGGAAAGCGAAUGGCUAUUUAGAAGAGAUCGAAGAGGCAAAGAAGGAUCCGAAAAUGUCUGCACUACAAUUAUUCUACAACAUAUGGGGUGUCGCAGAUACUACUGCUCGCGAGUUCUAUAAGAAAGGAUGGCGAGAUCUCGACGACAUAGUUGAAUACGGAUGGGAUAAUCUGAGUCGAGUUCAACAGAUUGGUAUCAAGUACUACGACGAACUACAGGAGAAAUUACCUCGUCGUGAAGUUGAAGAAAUCGGGCAGGUUAUACUGAACCACGCUAAUAAGAUUCGCAAGGGGUUCGAGAUGGUUAUCGUCGGAGGCUACAGAAGGGGUAAAAGGGAAAGCGGCGAUGUUGAUGUUAUCCUUAGCCACCCCAAUGCGGUCGCCACCUUAAACUUUGUCGCGGCUAUUGUCCAUAGUCUUGAGAAGGAUAAGUAUAUAACUCACACGCUCAUUAUGAGCACCAAGAAUAGCGACCGUGGGCAGACUCCAGUGUCAUGGAAGGGACAGGACCGUAAGGCGGGCGCCGGAUUCGAUACCCUGGAUAAAGCCCUAGUGGUAUGGCAAGAUCCGUACUGGGACAAGACCGCAUCAUCUAAGAAUCCAAACCCUCAUCGGAGAGUUGACAUCAUUAUCAGUCCAUGGAAGACGGCAGGAUGUGCCGUAAUUGGUUGGACGGGAGGUACGACCUUUCAGCGAGAUCUACGGAGAUAUUGCAAGCAUGUAAAGGCUCUCAAGUUCGAUAGUAGCGGCGUACGGAGUUGGAUGGAUGGAAGUUGGGUAGAUCUCGAGAGUGACUUGAAUGGUCCAGCCCCGGAUAUGCUUACAGCGGAGAAGCGGGUUUUUGAGAGACUUGGACUGGAAUGGCGUCCGCCGGAGGAAAGGUGUACAAGAUGA